CGGUUCGUGCCUGGACGGUCAACAGUGAACUAGCUUGCUUGCAUUUCGUAUUUCGUAUUCCCUCCCUCUUGGCUUCAGAGAGAGAGAGAGAGAGUGCUGUGGGAUUAUAGUGGGUGUCAAUGUUUCCUCCAUAAUAUUUCCAAAGUCUCCCUCUUGGCCUCUUCUUCCCCUUUAAGGUUACUGUAAACCAGGAUCAGAAAUGGUCAGAUCUACUAUAAAAUCUUAGGGAUUUACCAAAGAGAAAGUCUUAAAUUUGUUAAAUUGUAAGAUCAAUACAACAUUUGGGAGCUUAUAGCGUUGGUGAUUACCAAUCCCGUUGCUCAUAAUCAAUCGCUUAGCAUUGAUGAUGAAUAGAGAUACCAUUGAUGGAUUGCUUAAAAAGCGUCCCAUUUUAACUGAUGUAACCAAUCAACAUGGGAAAAGGGGAUUUUUAUCAAUUUCGAGCAAUUCCAGGCUUGAGAAUGAUAAUGGGUUCCAUAAAUAUCUAGAAGACAGAUUUGUGGAUUCUGAGUUUGCCCAACAAGGACGUUUGGGAGUGGAAAAUCUAGUCCAUAGGAAAUGCAAGCGUGAAUGUGUUGAAGAUGGUUGUGAGAAGGGUUUGUCUCUGUCGAAGGCUAAGGAUCUCUGCAGUUCACUGACCUCGGGCAUUCAUGAUGAUCUUCAAAAGGAUAACAUGAUUACUGGUAAGUCUAGGCUCUCCAGUGAAAUCAAGGAUGCCUCAAAUCUGUUCUCUGGUGAUCUGUGUAUUGUGAGAGGCAAUACAGUGAUGCACAGAAUCUUGGAAGAGGGUGAUGGGCCGAGAGAUGGCUAUUGUUCCAGUGCUUCUAUGCCCAUAAUGCCUGGACAGCGCAACAGAAGUGGGGGCUUACAAUCACUAACAACAAUUCAAGGAGAAACCCAACAUGACAAGGCAAGGGUUGGUGCUGAUGUUAUAAGAGUUGUUAUCGGAAGAGUUCCUUUUAAUGAAGCAGUAGAUACUCAUACUCAUCUAAACAGCAAAGAGCAGAUGGAUGAUGGUGCUAAGACAUUAAACAAGUCUGGUAUCAUUGAAUCAUCAGAUUAUAAAGAGUUUGGACUAGAGAGGUGCACAGGUUUUAUUGGUGAUAGUUGGUCUAAUGCUAGUGUAGACAUAAGCUCGCUCAAAAAUUGCUCUUGUUCUUUCUGUCUGAAAGCUGCUUAUAUUUGGUCGGACCUCUACUACCAGGAUAUCAAGGAUCGUCUAGCUGCUUUAAAGAGGAGCAUGAAAGAGGUUAAGCUUUCAGUAGAUAGAAGUUGGCACCAUUUUGAGGCUGACAAAAAUGGUGAAGUAAACCCCAACAAAUCAAACAAAUUAGAAUUUGAUCUCAUGGGUCGGGGUAGGUCACUAUUUCUGCAUACAGAGGAUAUCCUGGUUCGUGAAAGCAACCAGCUUCAAUCCAGUCUUCUUGCUUUAAAAGACUUGAGAGGAAGCUGCAAGACAGAUAUGGAGAUGAUUAAUGGGAUGCUACCAAAGAAAUAAUAAAGUGCUUCUGAUGUUUCCUUUGGCAAUUUGUAAGUGGGCUCACUCCAUUGUCAUAGUGAAUGUAUGUUUAAGGAUGUUUAUGUGAUAGAUUAAUGUCUUACCUGUCCCUUUGUACCCGUAAAAUAUCUGCAACAUCUGCAGUGAUAAUAUCUUGUUAUCUGACCUUAAUACGGUUGGGGUUAAUGAUCUUGCUGAUUUGGUAUUUUGGUUUAAGGGAUAUCUAAAAUGGUGCUUUGCUUGCAACCGCAAGUGAUAUAAUGUAAUACUUUUGGACCAUGUACUAUAGAACUGAUGCAAAUUCCCCACUUUUUCUUUGGA